AUGCCGCCUCGCAAACAAACUCAAGAAGAAUUUCAAGAAGAGAUUCGUAAUACCCUAGAGACAUUCACCACGGGUUUACACGAAACCCUUCUUAAUGUUAUUGAGACAGCCCUAACAACCGUCGUGCAACGACAACAACAACCUCAAGUUGACCCCGUUAUCCGUCGUCGUCCAGAGGAUGACAAUUCCGAUAACGACAUGCCUGAAAACCUUUUUGCCACCGAAACCAAUCAAGUACGCCGUAACCAGGCUCGCGUCGCCCCUCCAGCUGAUCAUCAACUCAAUCGACGAGAAACUCACGCUGAAGAACGACGAUCGGAUUCCGGGUUUCGGGUAGAAAUACCAGAGUUCUCAGGCAACCUCAGCACAGAAGAAUUCUUGGAUUGGUUAUGUGCAAUCGAAGAAAUUCUAGAAUUCAAAAAAAUUCCCGAAGAUCAAUGUGUUAUGUUGAUCGCCUACUAUUUUAAGAGCCGCGCUAUGGCUUGGUGGCAACAAAUUAAAGAAUCUCGACGCAGAGCAGGUAAACCACGCAUUGACACAUGGGAACGUCUUAAGAAGCAUAUGCGCCGCGCCUUUCUACCCUACAAUUACGAAAGAACUCUAUACAACAAAUUACAAUCUCUUCGCCAGGGAACAAGAACCGUCGAAGAAUAUGCAACAGAUUUCUUUCAUAUGGUGGCGCGUACAACACUCGCUGAAACAGAGGAUCAGCUGGUAUCAUGUUUCAUCGGCGGUCUACGCUUUCAGAUUCAGAACGCGUUGCAACAAUUCAACCCUUUAACCGUCUCUGAAGCUUAUCAACGUGCUCUAGCCAUGGAGAUUCAAUACAGAUCAUCGUGGAACACCGGUAGCAAUCGUUCUCGGACAAAUACUCCAAGUCCAAAUACUAGCUCUUCACCUACUUCAGAGGCGUCCCAAACUCGCCAAACUGCAACUCGAUCAGCUACUGCACAGAGCACGGAUUCAAUUGCUCAGUCUCGUCCUGCUCGUACCGGUGCUCUCCGUUGUUUCACGUGUGGUGAAACCGGUCACAUCCAAACCGAAUGUCCAAACAAGAAUCGACGUGGUCUCUUAAAUCAAGACAUCUAUUUUGAUGAAGAACCAAAGUACGAUACUGAUGAGGCAAAGUCACAAACAGAGGAAGAAACAGAGUUUAUCGCAGGAGACACGGGAGCUCUUGCACUUGUUCUUCGCCGUAACUGUUUGCUACCUCGUGCAACUGACGAAUCCUGGCUGCGGACAACAUUGUUUCGCUCCACCUGUACCAUCAAUGGAAAGAUUUGCAAGAUGAUAGUCGAUUCUGGUAGUUGUACCAAUGUCAUAUCAGCUCUGGCAGUGAAGAAACUGGAUCUCAAUUCGACGCCUCAUCCUACUCCAUAUAAGCUUGCUUGGCUUAAUAAGGGAGUUGAAAUCAUUGUUUCUAGAUAA